AUGUCUGGUCGCGAAGCAGCCCGGAAGGUGGUGGACGACAUUGCGGAACAUAAUGGAUAUAUCCCUCCCCAGGUUUUGACGAUAAUAAAGACGAGUGCUCCAAAAGAUGAGUUUGACCGUGCGAUGAAGGGCAUCGAGAAUCUCCGGCGAGGUGCGUCCGAGUCGGUCAAGACACUAGCAGAGAACUUGUACUCGAGUAGCGCCAAGUUCGUCUUUGAGAUGCUCCAGAAUUUCGACGACAACAAGUACGAACGUGCCGAUGGCCCGCCGAGCGUGGCGUUUUGUGUGUACCCGGACCGUAUUGUUGCCUCGUGCAACGAGGACGGCUUCACGGCCGAGAACGUCAAGGCCAUCUCCAGCCUGGGUAAAAGCUCAAAGAAUGCAGAGAGCCUCUUGGCCGGCGAGGAUGGAUACGCGGGCGAGAAGGGCAUUGGCUUCAAGUCGGUGUUCAUGGCGGCCGAGCAAGUGCACAUCCAGUCGGGGGACUACUCCUUCAUGUUCAAGUACCGCAAAGGCGACUCGGGCAUCGGCAUGAUGACGCCCGUCUGGACGGAGCACGACGACGACCUCGAUGCCAAGCGCACCCAUAUUACGCUGACGCUGCGCCGGGACGGCGGGCCGGACGAAGUCCAGAAGCGACGCGAGAUCAUCGAGGAGCAGUUUCGCACCAUCCACGACUCGAUCCUCCUUUUCAUGAAGAAGUUGACGCAAAUACGGAUCUCGUUUCACGACGCCGCGAAUGUCUUGACAUCGGCCACGACCUAUACCGUGGAUCGUGGUAUGUGCAAGACGGCCGUGAAAAAGUCCACGUCCACAUUCGACAGCAACCGCAAAGAAACCGUUGUGGACGUCGUCCGACACUUUAUCAUCUUCAAGCACGUCGUCAGCAACCUCGCCCCCAACGAGAACCGAAAGAGACGAGACGGCGACGCGCCUGUAAAGAACAAGUCGUCUGGCGUGGUGGUGCUCGGCUUUCCCGUAGACGGCAACGACGUGCCCGUUAUUGCAAACCAGUACCUUUAUGCAUUUCUACCCGUAAAGCAGUUGGGGUUCAAGUUUCUGAUCCACGCCGACUUCGUCACCCCGGCCAACCGAGAAGACAUUGUCCUCACCUCACAGCGGAACCGGGACUUGGCUGUUGGCAUAAAACAUGCCUUUCUCAAGGCGGUCCUCUGGUGUUCCCAGCACAACACGCUUGCAUACCAAUGGAUGCGCUACCUACCGCGCGUCGAUGCAUUUCCCUGGGAGCCGUUUUGGGUCGAUCUGAUAUCAAACAUUCGCAACGAGAUUCAGAGCCAAAUCGUCAUGGUGCCAACGAACAAGAGCCGUCGUACAGCCAUAGCCGACUGCCAACGCCUUCCACCCACCAUGGUCGAUGCCAAUGGCGAUCCCCUUUUGGCAGAUCUCUCACCGGGAUGUUAUCUCUCCCAACAGUACAAGGCAGCCGACCUGGACCUGCUGACGGACUGCGGGCUGAGAACGCUGUCAAUCCACGAGUGGCUGGAUCGCCUGGCUGUCGACCUUGCCGGGAACAAGUCGUUCAUGCGGACGACGACCAGCGAGGACUGGCACACGCGCGUGGCUGAGCUGCUUGUCGCAGCGUUCAAAUUGCUGCCAUCACACAUGCGAUCACGCCUGACUCAGUUGGAGCUGAUCCCCGUCCAGCACCAAAAGUGGGUGUCUGUGGAGUCCGUGCCAGUGUUUUACCCCAACGUCGAGGGCAUGGACGUGGCGAUCCCCAACGGGCUUGGGCUCAAUGUGGUCGAUAUCCGUGCCGCCGCCAAUCCCGCGCGGAAGCGUCUGUUUGACGUUCUCGGGGUGAAAACCGCGCGCCCAUUUUUUGUUCGUAGUGCCAUUUUCGACACAAACCGAUCACGGGUCUCCCUCUUUAUCUCUGACGCCGUUGCCCACCUUCAGUUUUUAUACAGGACCCAGCAUGUUACCACGCCUCCGCACGGCUACAGUCGCCUCCAUGUUGUAUCGCGAGACGGAUCCUUGGGAAAUAACCUCACCGAAAGGUAUCUCGCGGACGGCAGCCCGUAUGGCGCGGAUAUUCUGUUGCCAAACAGGAAUGGCGCACCGGGUUUGCCGUCCGUCUUCAUUUUACAUGACGAGUAUCUCCGUGAUCCACCAACUCCGCCAACACCGACAAGCCAGUCAUGGAAGGAUUGGCUCUACGACCAGGUCGGUGUUCGUCGCUAUCUACCUCUUGUUUCUCAAUCUGGAACGGGCACCUCUGCCAUUUGCAAGUACGUUGCAAAACACCGCCCAGACAAGUUUGCAGGCUUCCUCAUCGCCGCAUGGGGCAAGGUUCUGUUGACUACCAAAGGUCAAACCGCCAUCGUUGAGGAGCUGAACGAAGUCGAGGUUCGCUGUAAAGGUGGGAGGAACGUCCCUCUUCGUAGGGCCUAUUUGCCGAUUCCCUCCCUUGAAGCAUUGGCGAGCAAUUUUCUGGAAGACGAAUUUUUUCCCUGGCUGGAGCUAGACUUCCCUCAACAGGAUGGCGACGUGUACCCACAGAAAUGUUUGGCAGUGGGACAGUCGUUUGGUCUUGGGCACAACUGUUCCACGAUAGCAUUUCUUCUGGACGUGUUAAGACACAUCAAGAGGAUGAACAACACCACUAGCGCCCUGAAAAAUCCAAAACGCAUCUAUGAGCUAUACAUCCGCCUUGAGGCCGAGAUCCAGGCAUCGGAGUGGGAGGUUCGGACCGCUUUUCAAUCAGAGCCUCUUAUUUUUGUUCCUGGGAGCCGCAUACGCCCACAACAUUGGACUGUACCCAAGGUGUGUGUAUGGCAAGCCCCAGCCAACAUUGUGUCCAAGACUCCAUUGGCCAGAGUCUGUGCCGAGCACUUUCAAGCGUUGUACACGUCGACAGAGGCAUAUUCCAGUCUGCAAAGCUUCUUCUCUACGACAUUAGAGAUACGCAACGCUGACUGGGUCGACCUCGUGAAUGAAAUCUCUCAUGUCAGGCGCUUGGAUACGUGCGACAUUGCCAGGAUCACGUCGCUGUACAUCGCUCUUGCGAAUGUAUCCGCAAAGUUUAUUGAAGCGGAGUGGCUGGAGAUGAAAAAUCGAUUUGACACCGAGCCUUUGAUUUGCGGCUUCGGGACGACGGUAUCUGGGGACAACAUCGCCAGCAAGCCGUGGUGCUAUUCCGCCCAGUGUUUGUGGACGAGUGCAACUCCGAUACCUGGGAAGAUCACCCUCGACCACCUCUAUCCGGAGCUCGAGGACUUUUUUGUGAAACUGGGCGUGGGAAACAUGACGGUAGAAAUGGUCUACGAAAAGCUGACGGGACCGGCGCUCUCCGUCGACGACGCAAAGCAGACCAUUAUGACGUUUAACGAAUUGAUCAUCCGUGGGGACGUACCCGACAGCUUGGACCCCAGCAAGGUCCAUAUGCGGCCACUGUUUCCCGUCAAGCUCCCCGAUGGCGACGUGCGUCUUUUCACGGGCCAGAGCCAAUUUGCGAUACCCGACCGCCACCAUCUCUUGCGUUGUUUCUCUGGAAAAGCAAACAUCCUGGACUUCGACCUGGAAACAAAUCGGACUCUGGUGCCCUUUUUCGAGUGGGUGGGUGUGCACGACAAAUACUUGUCCAGGACCGUGCAUGAGAGCACGUGUGUUCCCUACGACGAUGGCCGACCCAUAACGUCCCCGGACCGUGAUGUUCGACGAAAGGCUCGUGCCUUGACCAGCCUCGCCAUAGCGUAUGGCAGUCCCCGAGUAGAAGACAACCAAAUAGCCUCGUUUUACGCCACGUUGAAGCAAGCCAAGACGAUUGAGACAGACAAGAUCACGUCACAGCUCGAGUUGACGCAAGAUGACGGCCCCAUAGCCGUCAGAUGGGCAUCGCCAACUACUGCGGCCAUCCAGUACGCUUCCGACACUCUCAAAAUCUACGUCGCACAGGACGCGGUGCGACAGGACGUUGGCUUUAUCGGCACGCUGCCCAAGCUGCUGUGCGAGUGGAUCAUGAUGGCGCCUGCAGUGCAACUCGAAGAAGCAAAGUAUAGCCCCUAUUCGCCGCCAGUGUGCUGGGAGUUGAUACCGCCGGAGAUGGUGGAGGCCGUGCGAUCCGUCUUGUGUGCAAAGCCGAUCGCCAUGAAGCACAUCCUCGAGCACCAUGGCUUCAGCCUCGUUGCCCCACCCGACGGGAGAUACGAUGACUACGAAUCUGACUCGGACGACGACAGUGAGGCGGGGACCGAGGACGCCGAAGACUAUGAAAAGGACCUGGCGGUUGUGUUAUUGUCGACGCCCAGCGGGCAGGAUAGCUACACGAGCUACACGGGCAGCCAAGAUACGUUGAGCACGCCCAGUCGCUCUCAGGUAGGAAGAGAUGCCCUUCUUCUACGGACCCCGUCGCCGACGGGGAGACACGGUCGGAAAUUGAGCACUGACGAGGCCGAUGUCCUUUUGUCAUCCGCAUUGGCUGGCUUCAGCAUUACUCCUCCAGGGCGAUAG